AUGUCUAUUGUGACGCUGGCAACUUGCAGUCUGGCGCAGUGGUCGCUGGACUUUUAUGGGAACCUAAACCGCAUCGUCAAGUCUAUCGUAGCAGCCAAGAACCUAGGCGCUCGAUAUCGUCUAGGUCCCGAGCUAGAGCUCUGCGGCUACGGAUGUGAAGACCAUUUCCUGGAGCCCGACACCGUUGAUCACUGUUGGGAAACGUUAGAAAUGAUUCUGAGGACGCCGAAUUUGACUAAGGACAUUUUGGUGGACGUGGGCAUGCCAGUUUUGUACCAAGGCGUGCUCUAUAAUUGCCGCGUUUUUAUUUGCGAUUCCAAGGUUUUGCUGAUUCGCCCGAAGCUCUACUUGGCAGAUAGCGGGAAUUAUCGGGAAUCCAGGUACUUCGCCUCUUGGAAAACAACAAGAAGAAUUGAGUCGAUAAUUUUGCCGAAGUGCAUUCAAGACGCGACCGGACAGGCGCAGGCUCUUUUUGGGUGGGCGUAUCUUCGUUUGAACGACACGUUGCUCGCGUCUGAAAUGUGUGAGGAGCUGUUCGUGCCCGAUUCGCCUCACCUGUCGCUAGGCCUGCACGGUGUCGAGAUAUUCGCCAACGGCUCUGGCUCCCACCACCAGCUGGGGAAGUUGAAGCAACGCGUCGACUUGAUUCGCAGCGCCACCGUCAAGGGGGGCGGCAUCUAUUUGUACGCGAACCAGCAGUGCUGCGACGGAGGGAGGCUCUAUUACGACGGGUGCGCGAUGAUUGUCUGCAAUGGAGAGGUGCUCGCGCAGGGACGACAAUUCUCGCUUGACAGCUGUGAAGUGAUUAGCGCCACCGUCGAGUUGCAGGUCGUGAGGAGCGCGCGCGCCUCGAUACACUCUAGGUGCGAGCAGGCCACCUCUCACCGUCCCUACAUACCGGAGGUCAGGGUCGACUUCAGCUUGACGCACCCGCCGAAAAGGGGCACAUUCUACACGCGAAGGCUGUCCCAGCCGGUCGAGGUCGAGCUUUGCGAGCUCGAGCAAGAAAUGGCUUUCGGCCCGGCCUGCUGGCUCUGGAGCUACUUGAGGCGCUCGGGCGCGUCAGGGUUUUUCUUGCCGCUGUCGGGCGGUUCGGACUCGGCGUGCGUGGCCACCAUCGUGGCCAUCAUGUGCAAGUUGGUCAUGCAGUGGUUGGACAGGGCCGACCCGAGGGUCGUCCGAGAUGUGAAGCGCAUAGGGCGAUAUAGCGAAACAGAGGACUUGCCGAGGUCGAGCGAGGAGUUGUGCAAGAGAAUUUUGUACACAUGCUACAUGCAGUCGCAAAAUUCGUCGCCCGAGAGCCGCGACCUCGCCGACCGCGUCGCCAGCACGUUGAACACGAGCCACAGCACCCUCGAGAUCGACGCUAUCACGUCGGAGAUCGAGAAGGCGACGACGCACGCGCUGGGCAGCAGAAGGCCGAGGUUCCGCCUGCACGGGGGAACGGCCGCAGAGAACCUGGCCCUGCAGAACAUGCAGGCGAGGUCGAGAAUGGUGCUGUCAUACGCGAUGGCUCAGCUCGCCGUGUGGGCCAGAGACUCGCCGUCGCAAGAAAAGUCAGAAAACGCGGACCGUUCCUAUCCGUCUUUGCUCGUACUGGGGAGCGGGAACUUAGACGAGACGUUACAGGGGUACUUUACCAAGUACGAUUGCAGUUCGGCGGACCUCAACCCGAUAGGUAGCAUUUCAAAGGUGAACAUACGCGGGUUUCUUGUGUGGGCGUCCGACAGGUACGAGUGGCUGGUGCUGCGGGAAGUCGCCGAGUCAGAGCCCACGGCGGAGUUGGAGCCGUACGACGAGAAGACGGGCAGGCAGAGGGACGAGGUGGACAUGGGGAUAAGCUACGAGGAGUUGGCUGUGAUGGGCAGGCUGAGGAAGCAGCACUUGUGCGGCCCGGUUUCCAUGUUCCGCCGACUUUUGGGGAUUUGGGGGGACAAAACUGCCAGAGAGGUGGCGGAGAAGGUAAAGCGGUUCUUCUACAGAUACGCCACCAACAGACACAAGUCAACUGUUUUGACGCCCAGUUACCACGCGGAGAGUCAUUCUUCGGACGACAGCCGGUACGACCCCAGGCCGUUCUUGUACAACGUCAAGUGGAAGUGGCAGUUCAGCGAGAUAGAUUCUUUGGUUGCCGAGACGGAGGAGGAGAUGAACGCGUAG